UGGUUGACCGUCCUCUGGUGAAGUCGGUGGUGUGUAAUCAACAUAUUCACACCUGCUGAACAAUAUGGAGCGACACUAGUACAUUUGUGUACGUGUCCCGCAGAAGGUGCUGACAGCGGGGGUGUAAACGGCUCGCAGCGAUGUCAGUAAACCGCUGUUUGUAUCUGUUCUCUCGGCUCCAGCGCCACAUUAGCUCCCGGACUGCGCGCAUCACCGCCGGCGGCUGUCCUGCGUCUUCUGGGUCUGUUUUGUUGAACUCACAGCAUGAGGCUGGAUAUGUGGUCUGCAGCAGAAAUGUCUCAUCCAGCAGCUCCCCACCAAAGCCUCCGGACACGUCUCUGUUUGUCCCCGUGUCUCUGAAGACUGACUCCUCCGCUGAUGGGAGUGUGGGAGCGGAGCUGACACAGCCGCUCGAUAAAAGUGAACUGCUAAAAGUUCUGAACCGGUUUUAUAAGAGAAAAGAGAUGCAGAAGCUGGCAGCAGACAACGGCCUGGACGCUCGUCUGUUCCAUCAGGCCUUCAUUAGCUUCAGGAAGCAUGUUCUGGAAGCGACAUCACUCCCUGCCGACCUACACAUCGUUCUCAGUGACAUCUGCUCCGCAGCAGGUCAUGUAGAUGACGUCUACCCGUACUUUAUGCGUCAUGCCAAGCAAAUCUUUCCUAUGCUGGACUGUAUGGAUGACCUGAGGAAGAUCUCAGACCUCAGAGUCCCUGCAAACUGGUAUCCUGAGGCUCGUGCCAUCCAGAGGAAGGUUAUUUUUCAUGCUGGUCCCACCAACAGUGGUAAAACUUACCAAGCCAUCCAGCGCUACCUGGCUGCUAAGUCUGGAGUCUACUGUGGCCCCCUGAAACUACUGGCCCACGAGAUCUUUGAGAAGAGCAACGAUGCAGGUGUGCCAUGUGACCUGGUUACUGGGGAGGAGAGGACCUUUGUAGACCCGGAUGGUCGAGCUGCUGGUCAUGUGGCCUGCACCAUAGAGAUGUGCAGCGUCACCACACCUUAUGAGGUGGCUGUUAUCGAUGAAAUUCAAAUGAUCAGAGAUAAUGCCAGAGGCUGGGCCUGGACCAGAGCACUUCUGGGUCUGUGUGCGGAGGAGAUCCAUGUGUGUGGGGAACCUGCAGCCAUAAACUUUAUCAGAGAGCUGAUGUACACCACAGGAGAAGAGGUUGAGGUCCACACGUACCAGCGUUUAACUCCAUUCUCAAUCUUGGAUUACGCUGUGGACUCACUGGACAACUUGAGACCAGGAGACUGUAUUGUCUGCUUCAGUAAAAAUGACAUUUACUCCAUAAGCAGACAGAUUGAGGCCAGAGGACAGGAAUGUGCUGUAAUCUACGGGAGUUUACCUCCAGGCACCAAACUGUCACAGGCAAAGAAGUUCAAUGACCCUAAUGACACCUGCAAGAUACUGGUUGCAACAGACGCUAUUGGCAUGGGCCUCAAUCUGAGUAUAAAACGUAUAAUCUUCAACAGUCUGGUAAAGCCCAACAUAAAUGAGAAAGGGGAGAAACACAUGGAAACCAUCAGCACAUCACAAGCUCUGCAAAUAUCCGGCCGUGCAGGGAGAUUCUCCUCCAAAUUUAAAGAGGGAGAAGUCACCACCAUGCACAAAGAUGAUCUGCCAGUUCUGAAGGAAAUACUCAGCCAGUCCAUAGACCCCAUAGAGACUGCAGGCCUCCAUCCUACAGCAGAGCAGAUAGAGAUGUUUGCCUAUCAUCUGCCUGAUGCUACACUGUCAAACCUUGUCGACAUAUUUGUCAGCCUCUCUCAGGUGGACGGUAUGUAUUUUGUCUGCAACAUCGACGACUUCAAGUUCCUGGCUGAUAUGAUUCAGCAUAUCCCGCUCAAUCUGAGGUCGCGCUACGUCUUCUGCACCGCUCCCAUCAACAAGAAGCAACCUUUUGUAUGCACCUCCUUCCUAAAGUUUGCUCGUCAGUUCAGCCGAGAUGAACCCCUGACAUUUGACUGGAUCUGUCGCCAUGUCAACUGGCCUCUGUCUGCACCCAAAAACAUAAAAGACCUGGUUCACUUGGAAGCUGUUCACGAUGUGUUAGAUCUUUACCUCUGGUUAAGCUACCGUUUUAUGGACAUGUUUCCAGACACGGCCUUGGUUCGGGAUACCCAGCAGGAACUUGAUAACAUCAUACGAGAUGGUGUCCAACAUAUCACCCGUCUCAUUCGAGCCACUGACCCAAUCAUCACUGACCAGCUGCAGACACAGGGCAGCAGGCAGGGACAAACAGGUACUAAUAGUGCUGGCAGUAGUUAUUCAGCCGGCAGCAAAGGUCAAAGGGGACAAAGAUUCUCAGCAGAGCGGAUAGACAGCUCUCUGACUAGUCGCCUGGUGAGAGAAGGGCUGUUGACUCCUGAAUUGCUGCGGCAGCUGCAGAAGGAGUGGUCCAAAGAGCAGAAGCAGCAGCCCAACAAUCAGAUCGCAAACAAUACACAACAGUACAAUAAAAACAACGUGAAGAAAACAAAGAAGAAGAAAUGAAGAAAACAAUUGUGUGUUGCAGUUGCAUGUGGAUGGUUAGCGCUGUUCCCAUGGAGAUCAAUAACUGACACAAGCCUUGGAUAAUAUCUGGUGUUUUCAUUCAAAUGAAUCACGUUUUCUAGCCAUGGACGGAUCGUAAGCAGCUUUUAGCUGGAGCUAUAAUCAUAAAAACACCCACAUGUAGCAUAAACACACAAGCAGUGCUUGAUUAUGGUUAUUUGGUCUGGACUGAGAUCUGGACCAGAAUAUUGGGUCAUUAAAUGUUUUCAUGUGAUUUACUUGUUUUUACUUCUCUAAAAACCUAUUAUUUUCCCAUUUCAGUGAAAGCAUAAAAUAUCUCACAGAAUCACAUUGACAACUAACUUAAAACUGUGAAAUUUGCCCAAAGACAAACUUUACUGACCGCAUUUUAGUGUGUGUGUGUGUGUGUGUGUGUGUGUGUGUGUGUGUGUGUGU